GACUGUUCACACGCAAUGAUACAUACUGGAAAUAUGAGAAGAGAAAUUGCAGCAGUGGUGUUCUACCUGAAGAGGCUCGUGAAAAAGGCAGGGAAGCUGGAACCGGACAAAGUUGAGCUGUUUGUUGAACGACUGGCUGUUGCACUACAAGAUAAGUUCAAAGGUCACUGGUAUCCUGAGUCUCCCAGUAAAGGACAGGCCUACAGGUGCAUUCGAGUUAACAGGUUCCACCGAGAGGAUCCAGAGCUCCUACGGGCCUGUCAAGAGAGUGGAAUUCAGUACAGUGACCUUGGACUGCCCCAUGAACUAACAUUGUGGGUGGACCCUGGGGAGGUUUGUUGCAGGUAUGGAGAACGUAGUCUUUGCUUCUCAGUUGCUACUUUUUCCAGUGAUGAAGAACAGGAUAAAUAUGUCGCAAAGAAGGUGAUCAGUGCUUUGACGAGAGUCACAUCGGACUACCACUCAGACUCUUCCUCAGACGAAGAGCGAACACGUACUCCGCCACUUAUGAUUGACCCCAGUCACUGUUACAAGGCCCUUAAUCCAGGUGCUCCCUCCUGGCAUCCAAGAAAAAUUGUACCAGGAAAUUGUUGCAUUCGUCCACCACCUCUUCAUGGUUUCAGGCCUCGCAGCAAAGCUGCACACCCUCGAAAGCAUAAACCGUUGGUCCCUCUUGACAGCAGGGCAGGGCCUGAAAGCUGUGACUCUAAAGGAUACUGCUAGGACAAUUUGAACAUUACUUUUUACUGGGCAUGAAAACUGAGGACAACUUUAACUGAAUUUCUUUUUUCUUUUUUUAACAUGAAUUUUUUAUAGCUAAGAACCUGUCUUGUUUUCUGCACUUUAGACAAUUUGUUGUAGUUGAAACAAAUUGCAUGUAAUAAUUGGAUAUUGACAUUGAAAUACUACACUUAUCUUGAACUGCUGUGUUUGUACAAUGGGAGCUGUAAUGUUUGUCACCUUUGUGAUGUUAUGUUUUAUUUAUUGAUAGUGUGGAAUUCAGAUUUAUAGACUAAAAUUUAAAGUUUUACAAAAAAUUCCAAGUAAGUAUUUUUGAACCUUUUUUUAAACAAACAUUUUUAACUUCUCUCUAGGUAAUAUUUGUAAUUUUUUUAAAGCACAAUGAAAAAUGAGCACAAAUGUUCACAUUUAUCAUAAUCACUGUAUUGAUCUGGUCGUUGUGAAAUAGUUGACGCUCAUGACACUGGUUGUAUGUUUGUGACUUGACCGGUUAUAAAAAGUAAAGAUGGGGACAUUUUGACAAUUCCAGAA